AUGAGAAGACAGGAUGGUGUGAAUGCGAAGCAGCAUCGUAAUUCGAACUCUCGUAAAGGUAGUGUUCUCGGCUGCAGAAGUAAUCAAAAUCCACAUAACAGGACUGAGCGUAACAGAACGCAUGUAAGGCAGCCAACCAUUGUACAGGAUGAUACUGUUCCGGCUGCAUUUAUUUCACCUUUUCAAGCAUCUUUACCACAGCGAGGAUUGCAUUCGGCAUCUGUAGUGAGAGCCUCUGUGUCUGGUCCUCAACAGGAACAAAUGCUGUUUUACUCUAGUGUACAGCGUCGCGGUGGGUCCUUUACAAAGACUGCUCAAGAGACAAAAAUACAACUUGCGAAAACGGGAGUACUUCCGAACUCAACCGCGUUCCGCAAGAGAGCACGAGCUGCGAUGGAAGGAGAGAAUGGAAAGCCCAAGACUUUGCAAGACCGUUUUGCGGAUAUGCAGUCGGCGAAGGCAGAAGAAGAAGUACAACAGGCGAAGACACUUGUAACCAAUAAAAGUGGUUCAAAUCGAUUCUCCUGUGAUGAUGAUGAUGAUGAUUCAGAUAAUGUAUGA